AUGGCGACUUACACUCCGAAGGCCAUUCUUAUCACUGGAGCUGCUGGUUUCAUUGCUUCACAUGUCGCUAACAGAAUUGUUCGUUUCUAUCCUCAGUACAAGGUCGUCGUGCUGGAUAAGCUAGACUACUGCUCAAGCUUGAGGAACCUGGAGCCAUGCAAGUCAUCUCCGAACUUCAAGUUCGUCAAGGGAGACAUUGCGAGUGCGGAUCUUGUGAACUACCUUCUCCUGACAGAAGGCAUCGACACCAUCAUGCACUUUGCAGCUCAGACGCAUGUCGAUAACUCCUUCGGCAACAGUUUUGAGUUCACCAAGAACAACAUAUACGGAACGCACGUCCUCCUCGAGGCCUGCAAGGUUGCUGGAACCAUCAAACGUUUCAUCCACGUUAGCACCGACGAGGUGUAUGGAGAGACAAGCCUGGACUCACUUGUGGGUAACCAUGAGGGGUCUCAACUGCUUCCAACAAAUCCAUACUCGGCCACCAAGGCUGGAGCGGAAAUGCUUGUUAUGGCCUACGGUCAGUCUUACAACAUCCCCUGCAUCACCACCCGGGGGAACAACGUCUACGGCCCAAAUCAGUUUCCCGAGAAGCUCAUCCCCAAGUUCCUUCUCCUCGCCAUGCAAGGGAAACCCUUGCCGAUCCAUGGAGACGGCUCCAACGUCAGAAGCUACUUGUAUUGCGAAGAUGUUGCCGAGGCAUUUGAUGUGGUCCUUCACAAGGGUACUGUUGGUGAAGUGUACAACAUUGGGACACGCAAGGAAAGGCGUGUCAUCGACGUUGCUCGAGAUAUUUGCCGGAUGGUUGGCCUAGACCCAGAGCAGGUUGUCAAGUUUGUUGAGAAUCGGCCAUUCAACGAUCAAAGAUAUUACUUGAACGAUCAAAAGCUCAAGUCUCUUGGCUGGGAAGAGAGAACCUCGUGGGAGGUAGGUCUCAAGAAGACUCUCAAUUGGUACAAGAACAACGUUGGCUACUGGGGAGACAUCUCUGGUGCCCUUGUACCGCACCCCAGGAUGCUCACAGGGUACAGCAUCGGAAGGUCGUCAUCGAAUCCCGAGUCACUUGAAGAAUCCGACGCUCCAGAUUGUCAAUCUAAGGAGACGAAGUUUCUGAUUUACGGUAAAACUGGAUGGAUUGGCGGCCUGUUGGGCAAAUUGUGCAAGGAAAAGGGGAUCCCGUUUGAGUAUGGCCUCGCAAGACUGGAAGACAGGCGUGCAGUUGAAGCGGACAUUCUUCGGGCUGAGCCCACGCACAUCUUCAACGCAGCAGGAGUUACAGGUCGUCCGAACGUGGACUGGUGCGAGAGCCAUCAGGUUGAAACGAUUCGAGCAAACGUCGUUGGUGUUUUGACCCUCGCUGAUGUCGCAAGGAACCAUGGAGCUCUGGUGGUGAAUUUUGCAACAGGCUGCAUCUUCGAGUACGAUGAAUCUCAUCCGACGGGAAGUGGGAUCGGCUUCAAGGAGACAGAUUCCGCAAAUUUCUUUGGAUCCUUCUACUCCAGGACCAAAGGAAUGGUGGAAGAGCUGCUGAAGUCGUAUGACAACGUCUGCACUCUGCGGGUUCGCAUGCCCAUUUCUUCAGACUUGUCCAAUCCAAGAAACUUCAUCACCAAGAUAACCCGCUACCAGAAGGUUGUGAACAUUCCGAACUCCAUGACGGUACUUGAUGAACUUCUACCCAUCGCGAUCGAGAUGGCGAAACGAAACCUGACAGGGAUCUGGAACUUCACAAACCCUGGAGUGAUUAGCCACAACGAGAUUCUCGACCUCUACAAGAAGUACAUUGAUCCUGCGUUCACGUACACCAAUUUCACCAUCGAGGAUCAGGCGAAGGUCAUUGUGGCUGCUCGCAGCAAUAACGAGCUUGAUGCUUCAAAGCUGAAGGCGGAAUUCCCGGAGCUCCUAGACAUCAAGGCGUCUGUGAUCAAGUAUGUCUUCGAAGCAAACGCCAAGGUAGCCAAGUAA